AUGGUGGACAUGGGGGGCCUGGGCCACCUGAUCGUCACCACAGCCUACCUGCAGGCCCGGAAGACCUCAGAGGGCAACAGCAGGGAGCUGCCGCGGCGCCCCCAGAGCCUAACGCUGACCAGGCUGCAGAGCUGUGCCCAGCCUGGCCACGUGCUGCCUCCAGACUUCGACAGCUUGUGCAAGCAGCAGCCUAUCGGCUGCCGCCUCUUCUGGGACUUCCUAGACACGGUGCCAUCCCAAGAGGCCGUAGCCUUCCUUGAGCAGGUGCAGAACUGGGAGCUGGCUGAAGAGGGCGCCACCAAGGGCAGCACAUUGCAGGUGGGCACUGGCAGGGCUUGCCCUUUCCUGGGGCACCCACACCCCUUCCUCAGCCCAGCUCUGGCCACCAGGUGCCAAGCAGCCACCACCGAGGAUGAGCGAGCGGCCCUGACACUGGCCGAGGCUGCGGCCAUGGCCUUCCUGCAGGACCAGUCUUUCCGGGAUUUCCUGGCCAACCUGCUCUAUGACAAGUUUCUGCAGUGGAAAGUCUUUGAGAUGCAGCUGGUGUCGGACAAGUACUUCACUGAGUUCCGGGUGCUGGGAAAAGGUGGUUUUGGGGAGGUGUGUGUUGUCCAGGUGAAAACCGCUGGUAAAACAUGUGCCUGUAAGAAACUGGACAAGAAGAGGCUGAAAAAGUAAAAUGGCGAGAAAAUGGCUCUCUCAGCAAAGGAAAUCUUGGAGAGGAUCAGCAGUCCUUUCAUUGUCUCUCUGGCCUAUGCCUUUGAGAGCAAGUCUCAUCUCUGCCAGGUCGUGAGCCUGAUGAAUGGCGGAGACCUCAAGUUCCACAUCCACAGCACGGGCACGCGAGGCCUGGCCAUGAGCAGGGUGGUCUUCCACUCGGCCCCGGUGACCUGUGGGCUGCUGCCCCUGCGCUCUCUUGGCAUCGUCCUGAAGGCUGAGAACGUGCUCCUGGAUGACUUUGGCAACUGCAGGCUGUCCGACCUGGGCCUGGCUGUGCAGCUCCAGGAGGUCAAGCCUGUCACCCAGACUGAUGGAACCAAUGGUUAUAUGGCUCCCGAAAUCCUAAUGGAAAAAGUGAGCCACUCCUAUCCUGCAGACUGAUUUCCAAUGGGAUGCAUUAUUUAUGAAAUGGUUCCUGGAAGAAUAUCAUUCAAAGAUUAUAAGGAAAUCAGUAAAGAGGAUUUAAAGCAUAGAACUCUGAAAGAAGAGGUCAAAUUCCAACAUGAUAACUUCACAGAGGGAGCAAAAGAUAUUUGCAGACUCUUCUUGGCUAAGAAACCAGAACAAAGCUUAGGAAGCAGAGAAAAGUCUGAUUAUCUCAGGAAACACCCUCUCUUCAAAACCAUCCACUUUCCUUGCCUGGAAGCAGGCCCAGGUGAACCACCAUAUGUGCCAGACCCUCCGGUGGUUUACGCCAAAGAUAUUGAUGACAUUGAAGAUUUCUCUGAGGUUCGGGGAGUUGAAUUUGAUGAUGAAGAUUAGAAGUUCUUCCAAAGAUUUGCAACAGGUGCUGUGCGCAUAGCGUGGCAGGAAGAGAUUAUAGAAACAGGACUGUUUGAAGGAUUAAAUGACCCCAACAACAGGCCUGCAGGUUGUGGGGAGGGUAACUCAUCCAAAUCUGGUAUGUUUGUUAUUAUAAGUUGUUCUCUCUACCAGACAGGCAGCAGGAGUCUCAGCUGA